AUGGUCAACUACUGGAGCCAAGACUUCAACUGGCAACUGCCUGCAGGCCACUCCCUGACCGGAGUCCAGACCCACCUCAAGAAUCAUGACAAAAGAUGGCCAAAGUUACUGAAGACAGUUAGAGUGUCAUAUGUCGUGAGUGAUUCCUUUACCAGCUCCAAAAAGACCCAGAUUGACAAUGCAAUCAGUGGCUUCCACAUGAGCACCUGCAUCCGGUUUGUAACUCGUACCGACCAGCCCGACGACAUCAGCGUUGUGAAACAAAACGGAUGUUGGUCCUGGGUUGGGCGAACUGGAUUGUCGCAAGAAUUAUCUCUGGGUACAGGGUGCAUUCAAAAUGGCAUCAUUCAGCAUGAGCUCAUUCACGCACUCGGCUUCUGGCACGAGCAGAGUAGAAGUGACAGGGACGCCUUCGUCCAGAUCAACUAUGGAAACAUCCUGCAAGGGCAGCUAAACUUUGACCGAUUGGACACAAACAACCUCAAUUCAUACGACUACUCGUCUGUAAUGUAUUAUGCACCGAAAGACUUCUCGAAGAAUACAGAAGAUACCAUCAUUCCCCUCGAGCCCUCAGCACAAAUAGGCCAGAGGGAAGGCAUGUCACAGAAUGACAUUCUGAAGAUCAACAAGCUGUAUGUCUGCA